AUGUUUCCCCUCUCACUCUGUCUAUAUGAUUAUUUCUCGAUUCUUUACCCUUAUUUUUCUCUUCAUCUAUCUAUCUAUCUAUCUAUCUAUCUAUCUAUCUAUCUAUCUAUCUAUCUAUCUAUCUAUCCCUGUUUAUUUCAUUCUUCUAUCUAUCAAUCUAUCUAUCUAUCUAUCUAUCUAUCUAUCUAUCUAUCUAUGUGUCGGGCUGUUCAUAUCUAUCUAUCUAUCUAUCUAUCUAUCUAUCUAUCUAUCUAUCUAUGCAGGCUGUUCAUAUCUAUCUAUCUAUCUAUCUAUCUAUCUAUCUAUCUAUCUAUCUAUCUCAGUUUGUUCAUAUCUAUUAUUCUCAAAUCUAUCUAUCUGUAUGUCUGUCUAUAUUUAUUUUUUUUCCUUUUUCAUUUUAAUUACUUUUACUUCGGCUUCUGUCUUUUUCUUAUUUUAAUUUUUUCUGAUUUUCUAUCUACAUGUCUAUGUAUUCUCAAAUCUAUCUAUCUAUCUAUCUAUCUAUCUAUCUAUCUAUAA